UAUAAAUUAAAGUAUAACGAUGGAAUCUAGGGUUUUCUCUGCUAACUAACGCCCUUCCUUCAUCGAGAGCCGAUUCAGCAAAAAUGACUAAGAGGACCAAGAAGGCUGGAAUAGUUGGGAAAUAUGGUACCCGUUAUGGUGCCAGUCUGCGAAAGCAGAUUAAGAAAAUGGAGGUUAGCCAGCAUAGCAAGUACUUCUGCGAGUUCUGUGGAAAGUACGCAGUGAAGAGGAAAGCCGUGGGUAUUUGGGGCUGUAAAGAUUGCGGCAAAGUCAAAGCAGGCGGUGCUUAUACAUUGAACACUGCAAGUGCUGUGACAGUAAGGAGCACAAUCCGAAGAUUGAGGGAGCAAACUGAGAGUUAGAGUAAUCAUCAAUCAGCCUUUUUUUGUUUAUCUGCUUAUGACGAGUCUAUGGAAUUUUGAGAUCAGAUAUGUUUUUCAAUUUUAAGACCAUUUUGAUGUUUGUGAACGCACUCGAUUAAGUCAUUUAGAUAUUGUUGAGGAAAUCGAUCUUUUCUGAGGAAGUUACUAUCAUUUCCAUCUCGUCUUACAAUGAUUUUUUGAGUU